AUGGAGCAGAUGAAUGAAGAUAGCAUACCUACUCUUCUGGAGUCAGCAACAAAGAGUCUGAUAAGUGAUGAACGCACAGGCAUGCGUGCCCUGGAAUUACUUCCUAAACAUCUGUUCAUUCCACUAUUCACUACUGCCAUCAAGUGCAGACAGAAGAAUAUGCUCAAGGAAAUAGUGAAGUCUUGGCCUUUUCAGUGUCUGCAUAUCGGGUCAUUGAAUAUAGAUGAUUCAGCCUAUGACCUAUUAGAAGCCUUAGUGGAUGGUCUUCAGGUCCACUCUGAGCAAAACUUAUCAUCAGGAGGCCCCAAACUACGAGUUCUGGAUUUAAGAAGUAUCAGGGACUGUGAAAUAACAUGCUACUAUAGAGCCCAAAACGCAUCCUGUUUUCACUCCUGCGUUUAUUCUCAGAAUUCCAUCCUGACAGUAGAGGAAUCCCAGAAUAGCGAUAGAUGCAUUGAAUUGAGUGCUUCGGAAACUGAGAAUGUAUCAUCCAGGCACACCAUUGAAUUAAUAGUGAACAUUUCCUUUCGUUGUGGCUCGAGAAUAAGGCAAUUUAUUCAAUUUCUUAAGAAAAAGAUUCAGCAGAGCUCUGGGCACUUGCACCUUUGCUGCAGAAAGUUGCAUAUUAAUAGCAUGUGUGUGCACACAAGAAAAGUUCUGUUCCUGCAACCAGCCUGCAUCAACUCCUUGGAUAUGAAUCAGGUUCAUCUGAUGGAUCUUACAAAUCUUUUUCCUCGGUUGAUCCACUUGCACAGAUUGAGGCUGAUUGCCCUACCCUUUCAGUAUUGUGAGGGAAGAAACUUCCAACUUUUUCUUGCGUGGCUUGGAAAGCUGGACAGUCUUCAAGAUCUCUGUUUGUCUUUUUUCUACCUCACUGGUCAUCUGGACCGACUUCUCAGUGUCCUUCAAUCUCAGUUGGAUUCACUCAGUCUACCUUCAUGUAAUCUUUCUCACAGAGAUGUCACCGUGUUGUCCCAGAGUGCUCAACUCAACCACAUAACACAACUAAAUCUGAGUGACAACAAUUUAUUUCAGGGAAGUUAUCAUUCCUUCCAGAUUUUGCUGCAGAGGGCUUCAAGAACUCUGCAGCACCUGGAAAUCAGAAACUGCCAAAUCACAGAUUCUAUUUUCUCUGCUAUUCUCUCAAAUCUGAGCCACUGUUCCGAACUCCGUGUCUUUUGCUUUUCCUUCAAUCCCAUCUCAAUGAGAGCACUAAAAGCUUUUUUGCAAAAAAUAACAGCCUGUAUGAAGCUUCAGAGAGUAGUUUAUCCUAUACCUCUUGAUUGCUAUGAAGAAGAAAACUUUCAUACCACCAUUAACAAUCAGAAACUCAAUGAGGUGCAGGCCCAAGUGAAGCUGAUGUUACAAGUGGCAAAGCGGGAAGACAUGUACUGGUCCAUUUUUACUGACUGA